UGCUGCGUCAUCUUUCCGCGACACGUCAACACGCCGCAGGAUGAGCUAACGGAGUGAAACUCAGCAAAUAGUGUAAAUACAACUAAAACACAGACUGCGGCGUGUUUUUUAACCGCAGCAGGCUGAAAAGUGUGAUUGAAAUUGUUUGUUUAAAACAUUUAACUUGAGUUUUAGUCAUAGUUUGGUUUGAAGGAAAGCUGCAGUGACGAAGACUAACUGACAUCUGCAAAAAAAAAUCCACCACCGUGGUUUGUUUUAACCAUUAAAAAUACAGAUUGUAGCUCUGUGGUGAGUUUCAGGAUGAAUGAAGAAGAACUGGUGGAGUACUUCAGGGCCCAGAUGAGGAAAGACCCGGACAUGGCCUCUGCUGUGGCCGCUAUCCGCACUCUGCUUGAAUUCCUCAAGAGAGACAAAGGAGAGACGCUCCUGGGUCUGAGGGAGAGCCUGACGUCGGCCACAGACUGCCUGACGAGAGUGGACUCCUCUGUGGCUGUUUCCUCCGGAGGAGAGCUCUUCCUGCGCUUCAUCAGCCUCACAUCGCUGGAGCACCAGGAUUUGUCUCGUUGUAAGAAGGUGAUGGAGGAGAGAGGAGAACUUUUUCUAGAGAAGAUCUCAAUGUCCAGGACCAAAGUCGCCAAACUCUGUCAUACCUUCAUCAAAGACGGUGCUAAAAUCCUGACUCACUCCUACUCCAGAGUCGUCCUCAGAGUGCUGGAAAAAGCUGCCGGCGAGAAGAAACGCUUCUCUGUGUAUGUGACUGAAUCGCAGCCUGACGCAGCUGGGAGACAGAUGGCAGAAGCCCUGAGGAAACUCAAUGUUCCAGUAACAGUAGUCCUGGAUGCAGCUGUGGGGUACGUCUUGGAGAAGGUAGAUCUGGUUAUCGUUGGUGCAGAGGGAGUUGUGGAGAGCGGAGGAAUCAUCAACAAGAUCGGCACGUAUCAGAUGGCCAUGUGCUCUAAAGCUCACAACAAGCCUUUCUACGUCGUGGCAGAGAGUUUCAAGUUUGUGCGUCUUUAUCCGCUCAACCAGCAGGACGUACCUGAUAAAUUUAAGUACAAAGCAGAUACUCUGAAGACUGUCCAGAACCUGUCAGAAGAACAUCCGAUGAUUGAUUACACACCUCCCUCCCUCAUCACCCUCCUCUUCACCGACCUGGGAGUCCUGACCCCGUCGGCUGUCAGCGACGAACUCAUCAAGCUUUAUUUAUAACUGUGCCUCACAACUCUCAAAUAAAAAACUAAAAAAAAACACACAUUACCAAGACGGUAAACAAA